UUUCCACUUUUCCUACAUUACUCAUAUUCCUUAUAGCCAUCCUCAUGGACGACUGAGACUACCCUUCAUAUUAUAUAUAACCUGUAUUGUUCUCCAUAUCUUGUUGUCUCCACCCAUCCAAAUAUUUAUACUGCGCUUUUCUGUAUCAAAGCACCAAAGGGUCUUCAGGUUUCUGUUGUUUCCAUCUCCUAAACUGCCAUGGGAGAAGUCGAAGAAAGAUUGUUGGAUAUCACAAGUGAUGAUGAAUCAGAGGGAAUCCAAGAUGCAAAACCCAAAUAUAAUAAAUCACUUGAUUCUUACUUGAUGCGUUUCAAAUGGUGGAUUGAACUAAGUAUGUACACAUUUCUUAGCCUAGGAGGCCAAGCUGGUGCUACCCUAUUGGGAAAAGUGUAUUAUGACCAAGGUGGUACCAGCAAAUGGCUUGUUGCCACUCUUCAAACCGCUGGCUUCCCUUUCCUCAUCCCUUUUCUCCUCCUCCCAUCAUCCAAAACCCCCAAUCAAAACACCAAAAUCACCAAAAAUAAUAGUUCAAACCCACCACCACCUUCUCUCCCACUUCUUGCUUCUGUGUAUACUUUUCUUGGUGUCUUGUUAGCGGCUGGUGGGGUGUUUUAUUCAGUGGCCAUAGAAUACCUCUCUGCAUCUACUUUCUCUCUUCUCCUAUCAUCCCAGUUAGCCUUCACUGCCAUUUUAGCUCUGUUUAUCAAUGCCCAGAGGUUCACGCCUUAUAUACUCAACUCCGUCGUGCUUCUCGCCUUUUCCCCUCUCCUUCUGGUGAUCGAGAACGAUAACGGAGGAUCCCCGGAGCCGGCCGCCGGCGAUGGUUUCAUGUUAGGGGCUCUGUUCACUGUCGCCUCGGCAGCUUCUUUGGCGUUGCUGUUCUCGUUAACGGAGCUCGCGUUCGAGAAGAUGAUUGGGGGAGCCGGUGUGGGGUCGACCAUGUCGGAGACGUUGAAGAUGACCCUUUGGCAGUGUGUGGUGGCGACGGCGGUGACGGCGGCGGGGCUGUUCUGGAGCGGGGAGUGGUGGGGUUUGAAGGCGGAGAUGGAGGGGUAUAAGCAAGGGGUUGUUUCGUACUUUUUGAACGUCGUUGGAACGGGGGUUACGUGUCAGGCGUACUACGUUGGCUCCAUUGCCUUGACUUUUAAGGUCUCGUCGUUGUUCUCGAACGUUGUUAUCAGGUUAGGCACGCCGGUGAUUCCAUUUUUGUCGGUGGUUUUCUUGGGCGAAGAGAUGAGUGGGUUGAAGAUGAUGGCUUUGAUGUUGUCUCUUUGGGGGUUUGCGUCGUAUAUUUAUCAGCAGUAUCUUGAUGAGUUGAAGGGUGAUGUUGAUGAUGAUGAAAACCAGUCCAUUCAAGACUUCAAUUUCAGUGCCUAGC